AUGGAUUUUGGCUCUGAGUACAUUCUGGAUGCAGAAGAGGAGGAGGAAGAAGCUGAGGACUUUCGUGAAGACUUGUAUUAUGGUGACUACUCAGGAUUUGAGUGUGAAAUUAUGGACUUGGUGGAGGAGGAGGAAACUGAAACACACAAUAACAUUAAGAAAGCCACCACCAAUACAGUCAAGCUAGAGAUGAAGAAGCUUCAGGAGGAGACAGAUUUGAAAAUAGAGAAAUCAAAACUAGUGAAAUGUAAGGGUGAUUCCUGCGGGGCUGUUUACUCACAUCUUUCCAAGAAGGAUGAGGAGAAAAAGGUAUGGACUUGCAACUUCUGCACCCAUGAAAAUGACUUCAAGGCAGAGCUACCAGAUCUGUCAGAUAAAAGUGACAUCAUGUAUGUUGAUGACACCAGCAACAUUCCUGAGUUGAUACCACCAGACAGCUGCAAGCAGAAGAUCAUAUUUGUGAUUGACACCUCUUCCAGCAUGUGCCAGACAAAACCAGUAAAAAGUCAUUCAUUCAUUCAUGCCAUUAUCAGACUGAGCCAAUCUCAGCCAGAAACCCGAGUUGGAUUAGUCACAUUUCAAGAGGAUGUGAAUGUUUACGGAGAUGGCAGUAAAUUUGUGACUGUACAAGGAGACCAGCUCAAACAUAAAGAUGAGCUAGUGGCAAUUGGUAAAAAGGAAAGUGACCUUCGACCUGUUCAUGAAUCUGCAGCCAGUUUGAAAGAAAAAAUAGCACUCUUGGAUGAACUUGGUCGCACCGCUCUGGGACCAGCUUUAGUCAUUGCACAGACAAUGGCUGCUGAUGUCGAAGGGUCAAAGGUUAUUCUGUGCACAGACGGUGUUGCCAACAUUGGGUUGGGGAGGCUCGAGGACAUCACAGAAAUUGAGAUUAACAGCUUCUACAGUGGAAUCAUUACUGACAGUUUAAUAUCUGGUGUUUCAGUCACACUAAUUUGUGUGGACAAUGCAGGCUUGAAUACAAGACUUGGACAAGUUCCGACAGAAACAGGCGGAAUGCUCGAGAAAAUUCAAGCAACAGAACUGGAUGCAAAACUGACAGAGGAGCUGAGUAGAGCAACUGUUGCAGUCAACACUGAUGUCUCAUUCAUUGUUCACAAAGACUUGUAUGUAUCUGACACCAAAAACCCCAGUUUAAGGUGCAGCACACAUCUCCAGAAACUGGGGAACUUGCAGCUGGACAAGCAAGUCUCUUUCAGCUUUGCCUUCAAACCCAGUAACCCUCAAGAACAACCACCUGCACAACCAAACUCAACAGGUACACUA